UGGUGGGGGGGGGUUACUGAGCUCCCACGGUGAUGAGUGUCCUGUGUCGUGGGAGAAUGUGUGGAGCCUGAGGUAUAUACUCCUGGGGGUGCACCCUCCACACCUUGGCAUGUGGAGGCCGCCCGCCCACCCAUAACAUUCAUAGGAAAAUUUUGAAUGUAAAUGAAGAGCUUGAAUAUAGAGCAGAGUGCGGCGGCGGCGCGGCGGCGGCGGCGGUGGUGGUGAUGGUGGUGGUGGUGGUGGUGAUGGAAUGUUGACCACUUUCGCUGCUGAGGCGGGCGACCUCCGCCUCCACGGCCGUCAGCCGCCGCCACGCGCUGCUCAGUUGUGUGUCAGGCAUCCCAGAGGCCAGACGCUACUCGUCCGGUCCCCCGUCCCCUCUCACGUGUCCUUACAGCAGCGUCCCGUGCUUGGUGUUAGGAACCUCUUGUGUGGUGAGGGUGGGCAGUGGUUUGCCAUGCUGACAGUGUGUUGUGUCAACGCCAGUGCACGGCGCGGGAAUCAAGUGGUGGCGCCCUGUUGAGGGACAUGUUACGAGGUGGGGGCUUAUGCUUAGCGGGGCCGGGGGACCCUGCCCUUAAAAUCUCCCCCAGAAUAAGAGCUCUGCAGGACCGACUCAUGGACUCUCUGCCCUCCGACGGUGCCUGGGAAUGCCUCUCGCCUGCCCAACGGGAGGCCAUCCUGUCCCUCCACCGGUCCCGCCUUCUCUCCGCCGAUGACUCCUGUGAGCCUGGGGAGGGCGGUGGCCGCAAGCCCAUGCGCUCUCAUGCUGCGUUCGCGCGAUUUACGCGUAGUCGCAGCUAUGACGACCGCUUGGAGAGUGAAACAGACGACUCUGGCGUGCGGGGCAGCGGCGCCACGAGUCACAACAGUUUGGAGGAGGACUCCAGCGAUACGGGCGUAAAGCGCGGCCCUGGACGCCUCAACAAAGUUCUCGAAUGCCAAGGAGGGAAAGGUGUCCGUGAGGGUCCACAAGAGAGAGGUGGUCGCAAGGGCGACGCCAAAGGACUGGGCAAUGUCAACAAAAUAAUAUCCAAGCAAAUGGGCAAAGCCGCAGUGCCAUCUAACAUAACGCUUGACUGCCGAAACGUGCAAGGCGAGAAGCGACGCCGUUCACGUGUGGAUGUGGAUGGACCCUUCAAGGACCUGGAGGCCAUCAGGGAGCGGGACCAGGAGGGCGGCCCGUCACAACUCAGGUCCCGGCCAGGGCCUUCUCGAAGGACAGGAUUGGUAGACGGUGACGUGCAGCCCCAUGGCCUGAAGGAAACCCACCUGCAUGCCCUCAGGGAGGUGAAGGAGGGAGGCUCGUCGGAGGAGUACGAUAGCGGUGUCAACCUCAAGCACGAGGACAGCACAGAUGAGUAUAUGAAAGACCUGCAGAAUCGCGGUAGUGAAAUGCCCCUGGAUAGUGAAUGUGAUCGUUCUCCUCGCAGUGAUCUCAGUCCCUCCCCCACUUCUCCCAUAAGGCAUCCUGACAACCUCUCCCCCAGGAAGCCCUUGGCCGAGCGGGACGCAUUCGGGGGUUGGGAUAACUCUGUGGAUCGUGGAGGCCACAAGGGCAGGUCGCGAGAUGUCCGAGCCAGCAGGGCUCCCGUGGAGUCUCGCAAGAAAGCAGCUCAGGGCACCAAGCUCAAUUCUGCAUUUGAUUACCGAACCUGCCUCAAUCAGGAUCAAGCAGGGCGGUAUUCAAGCAGCUGGAAUAAUAUUAUCCUCAACCGUAAAGUGCCUAUCAAACAGACCAGUGCCCCGACACGGGAGUCUCGCUUCACCAAGAACACCGCGGCAGGAGCUGGUGGCGGCGGAAACUUAGCCUCUAAGGCUGCCGCCGCCAACAACAGGAAACCUGAAGCCCUCAGCUGGAUGGUGAUGGAGCCCAGCCGGACUCCUGAUCGUCCCGCUUCCAGGAAAUACCUUCGCAGUAAGAGCUUAGAUCGCAAAUACUUGGAGGACGACUCAACUGACGACGACAGCGACUUUGAGACCAGGCGGCGGACGGAGCGGGUUAGACGGCAACAGCGAGCCAACCAGGAAUGGGAGGCGGGACGGGGGAGGCUGCAUCAGGACCGGGGACGCCAGCUGGGCCCAGUCAAGGCUAAAAGUGCUUGGGACUUGUCGGGCCAAGAAAACACUCUUCAAGACGACUUUGAUGACUUUGAGAACGUUGGGUUUCGUACACGGAGUGACUUCCGGAGCCGCUGGGAGAACGAGGACCGCCACCGGAAGGUGAGCGACCACAGCCAGGUGGGGCGCAGCGGUCCAGGGAACCGCAGGAGCUGCGACUUCGAGUUGGAUUAUGCUCGCCAGGAUUUGGACAUGAUUUGCAAUGACAAAUUCGACUUCGACCGCAAGCGAUGGUAUCGCCGCAGUUGUGAUCUUGACAUGGACUUUGAACUGCACCACGGCCAGCAGCGUCGCGAUGAACUCCUGGAUGGGGAGUGGGGCCGCCGUGUACAGGAGCACUACCCUAUCCCUGUGGAGGCCGAGUUAUUUUCUGCCCUAGCCAAGAGGGGCGACGCUCGCUACACCGAGCAGCAGAUGUUACAGCUGCAAAGCCAGGGUCGCAGAGGAAGGUGCGAGGAAGCAAUUGCUGGUGAUGCCUUUCAUUUAGAGAUGGAGGGUGGGCGCAGGACGCGUCAGGAUGAUUUCGAAGAAGAGGAUAUGGGACGCCGCACGCGCCUGGAGGACUACUACCGCGCCCGCACCAGCCUGGACCACCGCGGCCCCGAUAAACGCCCACGGAGCCGCACGCCUCAUCUGCUGCGCGAAAACGGGGUGCUGAGUUUCGAGAACCCAAACUACACGCUGGCCGGUGGCGCUGACCCCCGACUGGACGACGCCCUCAACAGGAACAGCGAGGACACUCUGGAUGGUGGCCUGGCCGCCUUAGGUGAGUGUGAUUCGCUGUACUCUGAGUUGGACCACGUGUGCAGCUUGAACCGCACCGCCAGCGUGAGGAACCGACGCCACUAUGCGCAGCUGGACGUGGGCUCCAUGGGGGUCGACGUAGCGAGUGGCCCUGUGACCAACCUGGACCAGGCCGACCACCAGAACAACAGCCUGCUGGACAAUGAGUCGAGCAUAAUGGGGGAGGAAGCAAGGCCUGAGCUACAACCUCCACAAGCCGGACCUCAUCGAGCACGUCACUUCCCUGCAGCAGCACCAGCAGGACCAGCCGCCGACCAAGGAUGUAGACAUCGAGGACAAGAUCAAAGUUCCUUCCCUGAAUCACCACCUCCCGAGGGCGGUGGUGACUCAGGGGUGGUGACUGAUGGCGGCUCCACCUCCUCCUCAACCUCCUCCCAGCAGAGCCGCCAGUCCCCAACCCACAUCCCACACAUGACUCCGGCUCACACCCAGGACCUGUAUGCCUUGCCUUUGAAGCGUGGGACUGGCCAGGGAGGGGACGGGAGCGAGAAGGUUGACCCUCCCACCGAGGAUUCACUGCCCGCUGGCUGGGAGAAGCACGAAGAUAACGACGGCCCUUACUACUGGCACAUCAAGAGUGGCACCAUCACCCGCACGCCGCCAGAGCCUUCCCAGACCGUGGCACCCGCGCCUCUCAGGGCCGAGCGCCGCAACAGGGAGCCAGACCAGAACAGCGGGAGUGUGGGCGGCACCGUCACCCGGAGCAACACCUCUUCCGCUCUCUCGGAACUCUCGGACUCCCGCCCUCGCACCGCUGCUCUCGACAACGCCUACAAGAGGAGGAGCUACCCGGCCCGGAGUGACGUGACGGAGGGCAGUGGGGGUCGUCCCAUCCGCUUCGCCGUACGCUCCUUGGGCUGGGUGGAGAUCGCCGAGGAGGACCUGACCCCUGAGCGCUCCUCCAAGGCCGUGAACCGCUGCAUCGUGGACCUCUCCGUGGGGCGCCGCGACGUGCUGGACGUGGUCGGCUGCUGGGGAGAUGGCAAGGACCUCUUCAUGGAUCUGGAUGAAGGUUCCCUCAAGCUCGUGGAUCCUGAGAACCUGACGGUGCUCAACACGCAGCCCAUCCACACCAUCCGCGUGUGGGGCGUGGGCAGGGACAACGGCAGGGACUUUGCAUAUGUUGCCCGGGACCGAGUGUCCAGGAAGCACAUGUGCCACGUGUUCCGGUGUGACACCCCUGCCCGCACCAUUGCCAACACCCUGAGGGACAUUUGCAAGAAAAUAAUGAUCGAACGCUCACUCCAACAGAACUUGAACAAGCCUCUAGACACAGGUUCCGGGGGAGGAGGGGGAAGCAGCCGGCUGACUCGCCCCACCAACCUUCCCACAGAAAACCGCCGUACUCAUCGCCAUCCCCAGAUGAUCUCAACCCAGUCCUUCCCAACACCCAUGGAGGAGCCCAAGAAAGUGAUGCGAGUGCAGUAUGUAGGGUUGCUGCAGGUGGAGCGGCCCUCUGGCAUGGAAGUCCUCAACACAGCCAUCGACAGAGUUGUAGAAGCCAACCCACCUCCCUGGAGGAAUGUGUCUGUGGCUGUUGCACCUUCCACUGUCACCAUCACCAACACUGAUGAUGGGAAGCAGAUUGCUGAAUGCAGAGUCCGUUUCUUGUCUUUCUUGGGCAUUGGGCAUGAUGUGAAGCACUGUGCCUUCAUUAUGCACACUGCACAGGACCAGUUUAUUGCCCAUGUGUUCUUCUGUGAGCCAUCCACAGGGGCACUCUGCAAGACCAUUGAAGCAGCCUGCAAGCUGCGGUAUCAGAAAUGUCUGGAUGCUCAUCCUGGAGUGGGGCGCGGAGGUCGGGGGGCAGGCACCCCACGCACCAUCUCAGCCACACUGCGCUCCGUCCUUGGCACCAUCACUGGCCGUAAGGCUCGCUCCGCCGAGUCCUGAGAUGAGGACUCACCUCUGCAGGAAUUGUGGUGGCGCCCUGCAGAGCGUGAGGUGAUUCCCCAUAGACACCUGGCCAGCCCCAGUGCGUCCCCUUCUGCCGGGUGUCCUUUCUCCUCACGGCAGGUUCAGGCGCUGGUUUCUCCCACCUGUGACACCCCUCACUCUCUAACCCUCCAUCGCUCUCCUACCACCCCUACCCUAGCCCCACCUACUCCUGCAACUCCCAUGUCUCCCCUGGACGCACUACGCCGUCUGCAGCAUGAAGAGGAUAUUCAUAUACAAGAGGAAAUUACCUUGGGGGAAGGAAGUACUCUUUUGCUUGAAUCUGAAGCUGAGGAAGAGGAAGAAGAGGCACAGUCAAAUGAAAGAAAAACCACAGAGUGAAACAGGUUGAGAAAUGUAUCCUGAACAAAGUGCCAUUUUUUGUCCACUUGAUAUUUAGUGGCAGCUGUGUUGGUCUGAGGCAGUGAGGGAGGGAGUAGCAAAAGUCUACAAGGGGCAGCUUGAGGAAGGAGCACCACAUUCACUGUAAACAGAUUAUAGUGCCAUUAUCCUUGACAAAUCCUCCUUUCCUCUACUACUAAAGAAAAUGGUAUGACUGACAAGUUUAUAUGUCUGCUUCAGCAGGCCCUCUAAAGAGAGCUACUGGAAUAGACAGGCAUUACUGCCUCCUCACUCUCAUGUUGAGUGUCUCUUUGUGUAGCCUCAUACUCUGACCUUUCUCUGUUAUAGAAAUUUUGCCUCAAUUACAGAGUUGACAGUGGAAGGUUGCUUCAGCUCCCUGCUUGGGACAAGGGUGGAUUGGUGCCUACAUUCCAGGGAUAAAGUUCAGAGCUUCAGCUCUCCCUUCCCCCCAAAGACCAGGCAAUGCUUUGAUUUGAAUAGCAUCAAGCUGUGCAUGUAUAUUGAGCCCAUCUUUGUACAUGCAAGUGGUCUUGAGGAAUCUGCCUCAGUCACUCAAAUACUAACUCAACUACUGAGUCUCAGCAUCUCUUUAACUUAUUUUCCCCUCAUCCUUGAACAGUAACUUAUUUUAUAUUUGAGGAUAUAUUUUUGUAUUAGUUUCUGUAGAGCAGCCAGAUGUUAGUCAUUCUGUACCUCGUGUACUUCAUUACUUCUGUACCUAUAUGUCUUAAGUAACCUACCAUGAAAUACAUUCCUUUCAAGGGUCACAUCAUCUAAUUAACAGCCAGGCAACUUUUGUAGUUGGCAGCAUCCUGACAAGGAUCUACAAAGUGUCUGCUCUGUAGACAAUGUUCUAGCAAUGUCUGUCCUUGCAGGAUGCCACACAAAUGUUUGGCUUCCUUGUAGGAUGCCAGGUAGGGCCUGGCAUCCUGGCAGGGUGUCUAGCAGCAUGUCAUCAGUACUUAAUAUUACUUGUGUCCCAUCUCCUCCACUGUGUAUUUCAAUAUCUUACAUGGCAGCUCCCUUCUCACCACAUGGCUGAUGUGAAGGUGAGGAGAGGUAAGGACAGGGAGGCCUAACUGGCUGCAAGAUCAGACAUUUUAUGGUUGGUUCGGUGUCUGACUUUUCCAUAGUGAUGUUACUACUUUGUCUUGAGGCUGUGUAGUCAUUCAUCACUGUGGAACACAGUCUACUAAACGGUCUUGGUGGCAAAAAGGGAUUGCCUCUGCUGCUCCCUGGCCCACUGCUGCAUCUUCAACAAUAUCAACCUGACAGAAAUUAGAUAAACACACAAAAAUACAAGUGGUAACUGAAAGAUGACAGUAGCAUGUAUAGCUUGUAGUCUGUUUUUGUGUGCCCACCAUGAUCACAACAUACAUGAGAAAGCCUUGGCUAUAGCAGGUACUGGGUCGCUACACCAACCUCCUAACUUGACUCGAAGGUCCACAAAUAUUAAUGUAGAAUCUCUUAGGAUAGAGUGUAAAGUGUCUCACAGCAUCAAUAUAGUUAUCUGUUAUGUUCUCUAAACUAUCUGUAAUUUCAAUCAGAUAUCUUAAGUUUCAUUAAGAUUGCCUAGAGCAGUACAUGAUAUAUAACCUAUUGUAUAUAGGAGAAGCUGUGUGUGAUAACCUGCCUGGGGCCUGCUGCUGCCACCUCACACAGGGAAUUUGUUACUAGCCUUCUGUACUGGGAGUGUCCGUUAAUCCUACACGGGUUAAUUUGAGUGUGUGUAGUUCCUAUGUGUGAGGCAGCAGGCAGACAGAGACACCUGCUGGCUGUCACCAUCAUGCAGUGGAGAGUGCCUACAUGCUUGCUAUAGUGACAUCAGUCAAUAUUUAAUACUCUUAAAAGAUAUAUUGUAGUUUAGCCUUACCAAGCAGGGGAUAUACAAGUUUCUCUCACCUUAGGCAUUGAAUUAGAUGAAGUGACAGUUAAUUGUUAACUGGAGGCUCUGACCUCCAGCACUGACCCCAGCAGCUGUCUCUGCUCCCCCUCCCACCUGCUGAACAAACUGUUGUAAAGUUUAUAGAACUGAGUUGAGCCUUGGUUUGAUUUUUAUCAGAAUUGUAUAAAGUAAGGACAUAUACAUAUAUAUAUAUACAUAUAUAAAUACUCUGGAGGAGAGAAUGAUCUGCCUAUGUCAUGUUACAGAUUUUAAGGAUAGAUUGGGAAAGAUGAUGUAAACUUUCUGCAGUCUCAUAAUUUCUUAGUCUACAUAAGUCACUUAAUUUUGUUAUCAAGAAAAUUAUAACAUACUCUGUUCAUCAAGUUAAGUGUUUCAUUUUGACACACAUGUCUGUACAGCUCGUGUAUUUAAGUGCCUGUCAGUUUGCAUUGCAGGUGCUUACACAAACUUUAUCAGUGUCAAUACCCAUGUGUGAACAAAAUACAUUAUUACAUAGAACACAGUAA